AUGCAGCGAAACUCGAAACAGUGUCAAAAUAACACCAGUCAAAUACAGGAUGAUAAAAGAAGCCAUUAUAAUUUCCCGAUAUGCUCUCGCUCUCUCUCUCUCUUUAAAAGCCUGAAUCUUAUGCCCAAAAGGACAACGCCAGAGGGCAGAUUAAAAAGUUUUCUUUUUUCAGUGCACAUUCAGCGAAAUUCGCAGUGUUCGGCUAUCGAUUUAUCUAUCUAUAAGGAAGACGGCCGUAUUCCACUAUAUUUGUUAUAUAUCUGUCUAUCUAUUGCAUACUAUCUAUCUAUCUAUCUAUCUAUCUAUCUAUCUAUCUAUCUAUCUAUCUGUUGUGGAUUCCGGGAUGAAAUCCGGUCUCAAAUGAAUGACAAACACUAUGUUAUAUAUCUGUCUAUCUAUUGCGUAAUAUCUAUCUAUCUAUCUAUCUAUCUGUUGGGUGGACCCCUUAACACUAUCUAUCUAUCUAUCUAUCUAUCUAUCUAUCUAUCUAUCUAUCUAUCUAUCUUCUUUUCUUAG